AACCGCCACCUGCCUGAGGGGGCUGGCGCGUCGGAUCCCAUUCCCAGCCGGCGUGUGGCGGUAAACGCGGGGAUCGGCCUCUCUCCUGCCGCCCCCAAAUCGACAUCCUAAAAGUGCGGCUCGGGCCUGAGUUUAUGCCUCAGCUGUUUUCAGAUCCAGUCUGGUUUGUCAUCCCAGCACAAGAACUGGUUUCACCGCUUCUAGGCAGCGUCUCCAAUAAUAGGCAGGGGGACAAGGCAAUAGGAACUCGGUUCCUAUGUCACUGCUGGCGUCAGCAUCCGAGAUUCCAGCUCCCUGUGCUGUAGCUGUCUUAGGGCCUGGCUACACGAGCCGAUGCAGAGCGCUUUGCGUUAAACCAGCGUUCGUGGAGUGCAGUAGGGAAAGCGCUGUUGUCUGUUCACACUGCCAGCACACUGGCGUGGCCACAACGGCCUCAGAGAGAGAGCAGUGCAUUGUGAGCAGAUAAGCAACCCGCUGUUAAAUGGAGCUGUCAAAGGGCACAUCCAAAACAAUGACAAGAGUGGCCACUUGACUUAAAGGGAUGAGACGUUUCUGGAGGCUGAUCAGAGAACAGUAACGCAACACCUCAUUCACACUGAGGCUGGGGUGCUCCAGCGGGGGCGCAUCAAAGGUUAUUCCACUCACUGAGCCAGUUCAGGUGGGACUAGAUGAGAAUGAGACAUCAAAAAUUUUCAGAAGUGCCCAAGUGACUUAGACAGGACCAUCCGAUACGUACCAGAAAAGUCCAAAGACAAAAUUAUCUCUGAUGAAGAUGUCCUUGAAACACUGCUGAAAAUCUUUAAAGCUCUGUUCAUAAAUGACUUUAGUAGACAAAUGGACGACUUUGCCUUACUUCCAGAAGUUAAAUCCAAAUAUCUGAAAUUACUGACUAUUCAGUAUAAGAGAUCAAAAACAACUGGUUACAACCAUCAAAGUCAAAAUAUCUUUAAUCCAGAAGAAGUUCUGUUUAAUACAUUAGGGUUCAGUAUUACUCGAGAUCAGAGUUCACUGAUUUCUGCUGGAACAGGAGUCUUUGUUACCAAAGGUUUUGUGCCAAAAGGGGCAGUUGUAUCUAUGUAUCCUGGUACAGUAUAUCAAAAGUAUGAGCCCAUCUUUUUCCAGUCCAUUGGCAAUCCAUUUAUUUUUAGAUGCAUAGAUGGUGUACUUAUUGAUGGGAAUGAUAAAGGAAUAUCAAAAGCAGUGUACAGAUCAUGCAGCAAGAGGGAUCAACUUGGUCCUUUUCAAAUGAGUGACGUCACUUGGCUCACACCUGCUGUGCUAAAUCCACUGGCAGUAGGGCAGUAUGUUAACAACUGUUCACACAAAAAGGCAGCCAACGUCUGUUAUCAGGAGUUUGAUGUGCCUGAAUAUUUUCCAGUAGAACUGAAACAGUAUCUUCCAAACAUCACCUACAGCCAUGACAUGCCUAUCCCCUUGAGGUGUGUGGUUCUUGUUGCUCUCAGAGAGAUUAAGCAGGGAGAAGAGCUUUUUUCUAAUUACUACACCAUUGUCAACUGAAUCAAUGAAACCAUGGAUUAAAGAAUUCUUUGCCAUUGAUAUUUAUUGUGUGUACACUUGGCAUCUCUGUGUAAUGGAGAGCUGUGCUUUCCAAUUAAAAAUGGGCUACAAAGCUGUAUUUUCAUGUAAAUAUUACUUCAAUUUUGAUACAGUUGUGGAGGUUUGCAGCUGUUUACAUCAUUAAGUUUACCGGUGCUAAUACUACUGCAAGUAUAAUUGGUUUUCAGCUAACUGUACAAUAGCUCAUUAAAUUAAAAUCUAGUUUCUGAAUAUGCUAUUUCAUCUUCUGUUUUGUCUAUAUGCACAUCACUGUGAUCCAUCUUAAACCUCAAUCCCAUUCUGCUGUUCUUGCUAUAAUGGACAUAAUUUAUAUAAAACAUCUCCUUUCAGUAAA